UCCUUGUUUUUGGUGUCUUUGCACAAACAAGGGGACUCCUGGAAGCCUAUCCUGUUCAUGGCUGGGCGUCCCCCACCCCUGGCCCUCCAAGUCCUGACUGUCCCUCCUCGUCUUCCAUUCCUGCUGCCACAAUGUCCUGAUGGCUGAGAACCACGUCUGACUGCAGGAGGAGGGAGACAUGUCUGGCAACUCUCGGAAAGUUACUUUCACUUCUAUUUUCCCCUUUUGGGUGGAGCCCUGUCUGGGUGAGCUCGUUACACACUUCCUGCUCAUGGCUGGGCAGCGACACUGGAACCAGGCUGGGGACACAGGAGGGAUGGAAGAGCAGGCUCCAGGCCCAAGCAGGGCCCAGGGCAGGAUCAUGGCCAGUGGGGGCAGCAACCUCUGCACCAGGAUGUCCACAGAAGACCAGAGUAGAGACGAAAAGCUGAUCUAUGACAUUGUUUACAAGCACUUCAAAAGACAUAAGACCGAGAUUGCAGCUGCAAUAAAAAAAGAAUUUCCUUUCCUUGAGGUACUUCGUGACCGUGAAAUUAUCACCGAUAAAAUGUAUGAUGACUGUCAAGAAUCUUGUCGAAACCUGGUCCCUGUACAGAAAGUGGUGUACAAUGUUCUCAGGCAACUGGAGAACAAAUUUGACCUGCCACUUCUGGAAGCAUUGUUCACCGAGGUCAACAGACAGGAAUAUCCUGAAUUAAACAACAUUUAUAAAAGCUUUGAAAACGCAAUCCACGAGAAACUUUGUUACCAAGAGAGUGAUGGAGAAGAGACUGUGGAGAACCUUAACACCCCAUUGAGCCUUGAACAAGGACCCAGUGGGAACCCAUACCCAAGACUGUCCUGGAACGGCCCGCAUCGCUCAAAUCACAAUGGUACAGCUCCACCUGAAAAUGGACUCUCAGAGCACCUCUCUGAAACAGAACAGAUAAAUGCGAACAGAAAUGGUACAACCAAUGACAACAAUGCACCCGCAAACCGACAAGCAAAUGAACAACGUGCCCAAGAGUCUGAGCCAGCAGAAUUCUAUGAACCAGUACCCAUCGAAGGGAAUAAUGGAGAUGCAAGAAGUGGGACACCCAGCCCAUUGCCCCAUAAUGAAGAAGGAGCAGAGUUACCCAACCACAGAAUCAAACUAAAUUCCUGCUCUGUGUAUCUGGUGGAUAUAAAGAAGGAAAAGCCAUUUUUUGAUUCAGAACAUGAAAAGCAAACCCAAACAAGGACUCGCUGUAACCCGGCGUUGGACAUAAUAGUGAUCAGCAGUGACGACUCCACAGAAAUCAGUGAUGGAGACGAGCCCCCGGAAGCUUCCACCUCAGCAGUGACAAGGGAGCCUGGGCCCGUGAAUUUCAGGAAAUCAACUACAUGCAGGAAAAGAUUUUGGAUAACCGGGAGAAGUCAUGAAAGGUUUUCGGAGUCCAGUGCGGAUGAGGAGCCCCCCGGAGUGUGCAGCCCUGCACUGAGAAGUGAUUCUGAGGAGGAGGAUUUUCUGGAUUUUGGAAACCAGUCUACUUGCGGGAUGAGCAAUAAGAAAAGACGGAUCAGCACUGGUGACUCUCCAAAGCUGAACAGUGAAGAACAGCCUCAGGAAACUUUGCACUCAGCUCGAAGAAGUUGGUCAGGAGCAGAGCUCCGAGGACUUGGAAAUGAGAAGUGUCCCUGUGUCAUGUGUGUAUCAAAAGGUGUGCCAAGAGGCCAAGAAGCAAGGACUGAAAAUAGCCAAGCAUCUGAUAUGGAUAUCACGGAUAUUGGAAGAAAUUCUACUUUGGAAAAACACAGUGGAAAAAGAAGAGAAAAGAGAAAACACAUAGAUAAAACUAAGAGUUUUCUAAGAGUGGAAAACAGAAGUACAUAUAGAAUCCAAGCUCUGAAUUCCAGAGUCUCAAGGAUAAGAAACAAACCAAAAAGGAAAAAAGCAGUCAACCCUGGACCUUUGAAAAGAUGCAGAAAAAGAGCUCCAAGAAUUCCCAGAGAUACAAAUAUGGAUUUUCAACCUCCUAAACUUCUGGUGACCUGCGGUCAGGCGAAGGGGAUUUUAUGUAAGGAGUUGAUGAAACAAGGCAUCGCAGCGAAGUGUGUAGAGUUGACGGAUGGGAAGCAGCUCACCCUCAAGGAAUUCGAAAUCGAAGGGGACCAUGAAAAAUCCAAGAACUGGAGGCUGAGCGUGCGCUGCGGCGGCUGGCCCCUGAAGCUCCUGAUUCAGAAAGGAUUUCUGCCAGACCCACCAAGGACGAGAAAAAAGACAAUACCAGAGUCUCACAGCAAUGACUUCAUUGACCCAUAUCCGGAAAACUCCAACGAAUGUGAGGUGUGCCGUAGAAGAGGAAAGCUCUUCUGCUGUGAUACUUGUCCGAGGUCCUUUCAUGGCAAAUGCCACAUCCGUCGUAUUGAUCCUGACAGGAACCCAUGGAGUUGCAUCUUCUGCCAGAUGGGGGAAAAUGGCCCAGAAAAUCAACCAUGUCAUCAGGAGUCAGAGGUCCUGGAGAGGCAGAUGCUGAGCGAAGAGAAGUUGAAAUGUGAAUUCCUCCUCCUGAAGAUCUAUUCCUGUCCAGAAAGUUCCUUUUUUGCCUCAAAACCAUACUAUAGUAAACAGGCACCUCGGGGCCUGCAGAAGUACAUGUGGUUAGACAAGAUCAGGAGAAAGCUGACUUGGAAUUUAUACGGCCGAGUGAAGGAGUUUGUGCGGGACAUGCGCCUCAUCUUUCAGAACCACAGGACGUUUUACAGGGAACGUAAGUUCAUCAGGCUGGGACUUCAACUAGAGGCCAAAUUCGAGGACGAUUUCACAAACAUUUUUGCAGUUCAGAAAACCAGCCAGAACAGCUCUCAGCCCGAGCCCAUCAUUCUGUAAGGCCGACCGUUUUUUUUGCUUCCAUCUCCAGAGCCUCCAGCAGGGUGCGGCCAGGCGCCCGGGGUCCCAGGCCAUCUGCUGCUGUGCAAACAUCAUGUCACACUUCUCAUCUCACACUUUUUUGUUGCCAUUCCUGCUCAUUUAUUUUUCUAAAUAAAAUCUAAAAUUGCCUUGUCCAGUGCUCUUAUUGGAUAAUUGGGAGUGAAAUGUACAAUCGGAAAUAUGGAGUCUUUCUAUAAAGGAUCAUAU